UUGCAUUCACAAUUUCACAAAAGCAAUAAUCGGAAAAACACAAUACUAGUUUCAGGGUUCAAAAAUGGGAAACUUUAAUAUGAAUUUAGUGGUGUUCAUGGCUAUAAUGGUUGCAUCCAUGCAGCUUCAGGGCACUGCAGCCCAGACAAGGCAUGUCGUUGGCGACGCCUUGGGAUGGACCAUUCUUUCCGGUGGGGCCGCUGCUUACACCACUUGGGCGUCACUUCAAACAUUCACCGUCGGUGACGUUCUCGUCUUUAACUUCACCAACGGAGAUCACGAUGUUGCAGAGGUCUCAGCGGCGGCGUACGGCCCAUGCACAGCCACCAAUCCCAUCUCCCUUGUAACCACUGGCCCUGCCUCCCUUACCUUGACCACCGCCGGCACCCACUAUUACAUCUGCACGUUUGCAAGCCACUGCCAACUUGGUCAGAAGUUAACCAUUAACGUCUCCGCCGACGCCUCUACUACACCUCCAUCAGCAACACCCACAACACCGGCGUCUCCACCAACCACCAUCCCUACACCUCCGUUAUCAGCACCCACAACACCGGCAUCUCCACCGACAAUCUCCCCGACAACACCCGAUGUUCCCUGUCCUCCUACCUCAUCUCCAAGCUCCAGCCCAUCAUCACCACCAACCGUCGUAACCUCCGACAGGAUCACUCCGGUUCCACCACCUAGUGGAGGAGCUCCAUCUUUCUCCGCCAUGGUACCUUCCAGUUUCUUGAUAAUUGGCUUGGCUUUCUUGAACUAUUAAAUUUCGGACGCAAGAGAUACACUUAUUGAUCAUGUUUAUCUACCAAUGUUUUAUUUUAAUAUUGUUUGCGACCACGAUUACUACAUGUUUUUUUUGUCCUAUAUUUCUUAUGAGGCCUCAUCAAAAUAAAUAAAGAUUAAGAGUUUGUUUUA